AUGGCCGCUCUGAUGGGUGUCAAAGCAAAAGGUGCCUUAGCAGUAUAUGCAAACAUGGACUGGCUACUCCUGACCUUUGAUCACAUCUGUGAGAGAUUCUGAGCAAAGUUUCAUGCUCGGAGGCUUAUCUCGACUCAUGCAAGCCAAGACGCGUUUCCACAAAUCCGUCCUAACAAGAAACUCCGCUCUCACGCUUAUCUCCCACACAUUUCCCACACUUUCCCAAAGGGAUGUUACAGAAGAGAAGGCACGAGAAUCCCCUGCGGCAGACGGUCUUGCGCCAUCCUCUGAGCCUUUGUGUUGACCGCAACUCACCACCACUAUGCAGAGGUGGGCUUCCUCAUCACCAACAUAGCCUUCCUGGCUUGGAAGCUUCCGAAUUCAGUCACCAGGUGCACAAGAUCAUUGGACCACAGCAAUUUAAAAAAAAAAAAUAUUCCAAAACUGGCACAAUUUUGUUAUCCCUGACACAUUUUUGUUAAACACAACAAAAUCUGAUGUAGAUGUUUUUGUCUUCAAAGUGGAUAAACUGUGCUCUCAUGUUCCUAUUAAGUAUACCUUUUCUUUUUCAAUGUUUUAGGAAAAAGUUGGCUGUAGCAUCAAUAAUCUUCUUGGAACACAUGUGGUAAAUAACUUAAUUAACAUAUGUAUAUGAUAGUUCAGAAAUUAUUUUGUGGCAUAUGAAAAAUGCGUUGUCUAUAGCCAUUUGUGAAUUUUGCGUAAAUUCUGCUAAGCUUCACUUAGUUUAUUACUGUCCAGUCUUAUUCUGAAACUCAUUAUAAAUACAUCAGAGUUUUAUCUCUGAUCAUAUAUACUGUAUAAAUAUUAUUAUUAGAAUAUUAAUAUAAUUUUUACUAUUUUACUAUAAUUUGGUGGUAUUCAUGACCCAACAAACAUUAGGAGCAGUAUAUUUUGCAAUGGAGAAAUGGGUAAACCAUUUAUCUCUGGUUGUAUUUGAAAAGGUAAUUUUUUUAUUUAUCAGUUUAUGAAAAUAGUAAAUUGUACUUUACUUCUCUUUCAGACAAUUAACCUCAAAAAUGCUGAAGCUCUUGGUGAUCAAGUUGCAAAUGUGUUGUUCCAAUUUCUGGUAAAUAAAAAAUACAUGAGGCAAAUGAUAUGAACAUAAAAAUUAACAAAAUACACUCAUGGGGAUAUUAACGAAAGUAAGAAUUGUUGGAAAUUUAAAGUGAAGUCAAAGUAGUUAUUUAGCUUCUCAAGGCCAAAGUAGCCAAAUUGGAAGCAUAGCUGAGAAUUUACCAAUUUCAGCUAUUUUGACUUUAAAUUGUAAAUUCACUUUGAAUUCCCAACAAUUCUCACUUUUAGUGUAAAACACUAAAACACACUAUGCAGUUUAAACAAUCCAGGCUGUAUAUAUCUUAAUCCUCAGUAUUGAUAUAUAAUAACCUGAAAAGCAAAGAAAAUUUGAUUAAUUAGAUUUUAUUAAAUUAUCAUUUAGUCAAUCUAGUUUUUGAAUGAAUAGAAAUACAUGCUUUAGAAACAAUACAAUCUGACAUUUGCAUCACUCAAAUACUUUGUUAAAUGAUUAUUUUUUUUGAACUGUGUUAGUGUUUCUCGGGAUUUAUACAUUGUGUGAAAUACAAAAUUAUAAUGGUAAUUUUACUGCACUUACCAUCUUGUUUUACAUUUAGCAAACCAUCUUGUUGAAAGUUACCAAAGUUUUGGUAAGUAGAAUUAUUAUUAUUUUAAAUUAGUAUGCUUUUAUCAUAUUUUUUUUAACAUAAAUUAAAUGUAGUUAAUAAUAUUUAGCACAGUUUGUUGGAUAGAGACAACGAUGUGGAGAAAUGUAACAUAGUGUGUAAAAUGAAUUAUAGGCAGUUUUAUAUGCAUGGUCAAUUUCAUAUUUCUAUAUUUGGUUUGUGACUUGCCAUUGUUAAUCCCAAUAUUUUAUGGCAACACUUACAUUCCAAUUACAUUUUUAAUUCAUUUUAGCAUUAAUGGGCAGUUUAGCAUCUAGCAUCUACAGUAUUUUUAUGCAAAGAUGUCUUGUAAGUCUACCAUCAAACAAAAAUGUAAUCACAUAUUGCUGUGUGCUAUUGACUCUUUAACUCUUGAAUAUGUCCAAGCCUUUACAUAAGUCUUAGAAUACAAAGAGAAAAAAGUAGUUGCCAAAAACACAAGGACAGGCUUAUACAAGCAAUCCUACAAGAUGCAUGAGCUCUAAAAAUAUUGCAUCAAGAAAAUUAUCUGCAACCAUAGGAAACAACAAGUCAAAAAUUGUCUGAAAUAAUAAAAAGGCAGUAGAAGCUAGAAUUGAUUCCAAGUAGAUACCAAUAGGUAGAAGAGAGGGAUUUGUCUCCUAGAGCCCAUGGUAAAGUUGCUUUAUAUUGGAUAUAUGUAUUACGGCUAGAUAGGCAACAAUGGUAAGAGGUAGGUGGGUAGUUAGGUAUUUGACUUUACAUCAAAGAAGGCUACAUUUGUAGGAAUCAGAUGGUGAGAGUUGAAGUACUGAGAACUCUGUGAAUGUAGGUUUAAUGUCCUUAGUUUGCAGGGUUUAAUGUGUAUCGUUUACAUAUGGUGUACUGAAUAUUGAGUGUAUAAACAGUGGUGAGAUUUAGUUAUUAAUUUCACUUUAAAUUGGUGGAAAGUAAGAAUUGUCUGGAAUAUGUACAAUGUCUUAUGACAGAAUGAGAGGAAUUGUUUUAGAGUGAAUACUAGAAAAAUACUAGAACAUUGAUUUCCGUUUGUCUGCAGUUAAUAGAACUGAAAAGGUGCAAACAAGCUUUUAAUAUAUAGUCUACACCUAAUCGCCUCUCUAUCUGUAUAUCUACCUGGCUUUAUAAGUACAUUAUAGGCUAAAAAUACAUAUUUUUUUCACAUUUAGGAUGACAUUCCUUUCAUGGGAGACAUCUUGGUAAGAUAAUUGCAUUGUUCUUGCUUAUUUAUUGAUCAUGUGUAAGAGCUCUCUCAUAUCAGGACCUUGAUUAAUCUUUUAUUUAAUAAUUCUUUAAAUAAAUAUUUAUUUAAAUAUGGAUUUAAAAAUUAAAUAUGGAUUUUGACAACUUUUAUCACAUUAUGCAUGCAUAUAGUCAAUGUUAAUAUAACAAUACAAGUGUAUAAUAUAUUGUAAUAUUUCACAUUAAUAGAACGACAAACCUCUCAUUAACGACAUCAGAAUUCUUGGAUGUGAAGCUUUGGUAAGUAAAAAAUAUAUUUUUAUAAUGCUUUAUAUUACACCACAAUUGACAUUGAUUAACUUAACCCCUUAAGGACCAAACUUCUGGAAUAAAAGGGAAUCAUGACAUGUCACACAUGUCAUGUGUCCUUAAGGGGUUAAACCAAUUAACUGAGAAUGUCAUCAAGGCGGAGUGCAAGGUUUAAAAUGCACUCUAAAACUUUAUUGAAUUUGUUUAAAAUAUAAAACUAUAUCUAUAAAUUAUAUUUAUUUAACAUAUUGUACAGCUAUUUAAAAAAACAAAAAAAACUGCUCUAAUCUAAACCUUUAAUCCCCUUAGUAUCAUCAAUUAUUAUAAAUAUUGCUAAGUAUUUAUACAGCUCCAACAUAUUCCACCAUGCUGUGCAACUAGUGGUAUAUAUAAACAGUACAAUAUAGACAUACCAGUACAGAUGGAACAGUAGACACUGACCUUCAACUCAGCAUUUAUUCCCUAACGGGUAACUCUACAGGUCUUAGCUUGAUGUUUCUUACACUCCUUGGUGACAGAUUGGGGCUAUACAUGUAAAUUGAAUGGUCUUUGGGCUCAUGCACAAAGCUCAAAUUGGGCCACAUAUUUUAUUUAUAUAUGCCUAGAGGUAUAUAUGUGAUGUUUCUCCAGUCGCAGUGUAUAAGUCCCAAAACUGAUCCAGUAUGUCCACGUUACACAGUUUGGUCUUGAAACUGAAGAUGUUGAAGCUGUUGUUAGGCUUGCAGUUACUAUUAAAACGUACAUGUACUUUACAACAGUUAAGGUCCUCUAACAUAUAAUAUAUUUCAAUGCAAAUUUUUAUUAAUUACAACUUCUCUGUUGUAUAAGAAGUCUGAUGUUUUGUGUUUCUUACCUUAUAUUUAUUACCUACAGGUUGAUCUUAUCGCAAACGUGGACAAAGUUUUGGUAUGAUAAAUAAUAAAUUAUUCUUUAAAUACAUUUAUGGUUCAAAACAAAAUAGAUAACAUUCUGAAUAACAGAAUGUUAACCACAAACAAUAAUAUAAAAAUAUAUAGUAUUAUAUAAUGAUGGGUAACCAAAGGCAUUUUCAAAUGCAAUAUCAAAAUUUAAAACAAUCACCAUAUAAUCUAGAGGGAUGAUCAUGCUUAUUCCCCUUAUUUAAGCAUUUAACUCUUGAGAAGUUGGCCAUAAAAAAUGAUUGUGUUCAUCAUUGUUACUGACGAAUGAACUAGAAAAUUAAAUCAGAGAACUAAACAGAAAAUAAUAUUCAAGUUGCAUUACUGCUAUUGAUUAAAAACUAUCCAAGUCAGGUGGUUUAAAAAAAAAUAUAGCCAUUGUGUUACAAGUACAAUGUACAUAGCAUGAUUGCUGUAUCCUAAAACUGAGCUGAGUCUGUGCAUUUAUGUUGCAUGCUAAUAGCUGCUAGUUGGACAACAAGUUAAAAAAUUAUAAUUACAAAUACUUUAAAGCAGCAGUGUCACACAAAUUUGCAAAGACCCCCAACGGUGACAUUGCCCUUGAGAUUCCAGUGGCAACAGCUAAAAGAUAGUUACAUACCUGAACCUGUCUCUCGUAGUCACCGCCAUCUUGUGCACCAUCUUGUGUGCGAGAGUACAGCUUUGAAAUCUAUGGAGGAACCAUGGGAUCCUUGAAAGACACAGCUAAUUCUCUGCAGGGGUCACUGGUGAUGGCUGUUGGGGUUGACACUUAGACUCCACCCUAAGUCUAAGAAUGUCAGGCGGUGGAGAAAUACAGAGACAAAGUAGUCCCUACUUUGUCUCUGAUUCUCUCUUGACUUGGUUGAAAUUUCAGUAAAUAGAAUAAAGAUAGAAUCUUUAUGAAAAACAAAUGUUGAUUGUGUUGGAAUUUCAUGAAGAUUCCAACACAGUCAAAAUUAGCAUUUCAUAAAGAUUAUAUCUUUAUGAAAUACUAAUUUAAAAAAAAAAAAUUAGGGGGUGGGGGGUGGGGGGAGGUGAAAGUGCUGCUUUAAAACCCCACAUUUUAGCAAGCUAUAAAAAUGGCUGUCAGAUGGUUGAUUUUUCCAAAUGUAUCGUAGGUUUAACCAAAAAUUCUGCUUACAUGAAAAGGUUACAAAUGAAUCUAAAGGCUUCUUUCUCACUAUGUACUCAUGCACAUGUACAUACUUAGUAUUGAAAAACACUGCUGAUGCCAAACCUUGCAAAGUCACAAUGUGAGGAUAUUUAUAGGGUGAUACAUAUUAAAAAUAAUAUUUCAUAAAAAUUAUGAAAAUGUAAUUUAAUAAUUUUUAUUAUAUAAAAAAUUUAUAUAUUGGCACUGUUCCCCUUGAUUAAUUUAAAGCUAAAGGCUAACCACUAUUUUUUAACUCUUAUAGAUCCUGGAGUACAUUUUAUUAGAGGAUUUGUAUUUCACACGUUAAUCCCAAACUAAUUAUAAAAAUAUAAUUUCUUGUGACAAUAAAUAUAAUAAUAAUAAAUGGAACAUGCGUGAAAAUAAUCAGUGAAUAUUUAGGUAAAACAUAAGAAUACAAUAUGGCAGUUUAACACAGUUCCGAUAGCAAUAGUAACAUAUCCACAUUGAUGCAAAUUUCAACAGAUUUACGACAGGACACUCUCUUUGAAAUCAGCUUGCUAAACAUUCCUUAACACUGGACUCUUCCCAUCAUCACAGCAGCACAGCGUAAAGCAAUAAAAACUUUUAGCUGGCAGUUAAAUCACACUGAAUUAAUUAAUAUUUACUGCUGGCUACAAUUCUCAGGCAAAAAACCUUUUUUAGUGCAAUGACAAAUACAAUAUUUCUCAUACCAGAUCAGUUAACCAUUCAUUCUCAUCCAAUAACCAAUAAGAAUAAUUACCAUAGCAGAAUUUUAACUUUCCUAAUUAAAGAUUACUAUCCUUAAUUUAGAAUACGUUAAUAUCUCUGGAUAAAAGUUUAAUAUUCUAAAUUUAGCAAAUUACCAGUGAAUAUAUUGUUUAAUUAUUCCACCUGCAGGAAUGUUAUUAUAUAACCAUAAAUUCCUUAGGUAAUUAUGAUUUCUAAGUUAGAAACCUGACCAACCUUCAUCCAGGUAUAUUUGGCUUUUUGUAAAAAAAAAGAAAAAAAAAAUUAAUUUAAAUUAAAUAAAACCAGCAUAAUUAUCAGCUCUUGGUAGAAUUUCUUUUUCAGGUUUGGAGAUGUAUUCCAUAAAAUGGUGAAUGCAAGUGUGAAUGAGAAUUGUAGGAAAUAGAAAAGAAGAGUUCUGAAUUUUAAAGAAUUUCAAAGUUAGGUGUUGGGUGGAAAAUAUACAUAGAGUUAGAUGUGUCCAGCUUUGGAUCCAGAUGUUAGAUCUAAGAUCCAAGAUCCUCUCUCUCCUUUUUCCUUAAUUUUUAAAGGAGAUUCUUCCUUGAUGUCAUUAGUUUCAGUGACCAAUAGAGUAAGGCGGGCGUGUCCUCCCUACAGCCUAUCAUCUAGAUUUUGGUCAGUAGAUGGCAUCAAAAUACCACAAGAAUUAUCACUCUAUAUAAGGGGUUAACUGAAUUUUGUGAUGCAUUUGACGUCAUCUUGGUUAUCCUUUUGCAUAACCGUCCAUCAAACUCUGUCAGACUUCAAAGGCUUUUCUCAGUCUGACUGUCUCCUAUUGGUCCAUAAAAUUUGAUUUUGACACAUCUUAGCCUUGGUUUCACCCUCUUACCACAAUGAAACUUUGCAUCAGAUCCUUAAUAUUUAAAAAGUUAAAUUAAUUACUUUAGUGUUAUCUGUAAUUCUGUGUCUGGUUUUCUUGUCUGAAGCUACAUAGUUAGUAAUGUGACAGCAUGUGACAUACACAUGUCUCUUACAAAUUCAGCUAUAUUAGUUUAAUAAUAUGACAUGUCUUCAUUGAUAUUCUAUCCAUGAAUAUUCCAUUAUAUUAACUGAGUUACUAUUUAUAUAUGAUUAAACAUAAUUAUAGUUAGUUUAUAUUUGGAUAUAUGUAUGUUUCUGGGCUGUUGCUUUUUCUAUCAACCCACCUUGCUGUAGAGAGUCUUAACUCUGGCCAGUGUUUACGUUAGAUGCAUGCCUUUGCUUGAAUGAAUAGAGUUACAGAGUAGUAAAAAAAAUGUGUCUGUCUUUUUGUAUUCUGUUACAAAAUGGAGUCAUCUCCAUCUUAAUGGUGAUUUGCAGUAUCCAUUUUUAAUUUCUAUAUUAACAUAACAUUUCUGCCAAUAUACUGACAACAUGAGUUAUUAAUUAUAUUUUACAAAAAAAAGAGUUAAUUUCACCUGUAUGUAGUCCCAGAUUCGACUUACAACGCAAAAAAAUUCAAUUUGUUUAUAAGAUACAUAUUUUAUAUGUAUUGCAGAAAAUUGUAUCUAACAUCGUUGGAGAUCUUGCGGAGCAAAAAGCAUAA